AAAAAAAUUAUAGUUUGAGUUCUGUAAAACAAAUGUACUGUGCAUUACACUUGGGCGGACUUUCACUUCCGGGUUUUCUGCACAUUAUAUUUCCUGAUUAUUAGUUCCUAAAUUCGUGUUGACUGACCAGAGUCCGCGAAUUAUAUCUGAAUAUUUUUGUUUGCAAAGAAGAUUGAAAGAAAAUGACAGACAAGCAAAGUUUUGGUGUUGAUCCCAUCACAUGUCAUGCAUUCAGCGGUGAUAGAAAUGGGUUGGCAAUGUCUCACAACAACAACAAUGUGAUGGUGUAUAAGAAACAGGCCAACAAAUGGGUACAGAAGAGUGAGCUUACUGAGCAUGGGCAGAGAGUGACUGGUAUUGACUGGGCUGCCAAAUCUAACAGACUGGUCACAUGUGGUGCUGACAGGAAUGCCUAUGUAUGGACACAGGAAGGGGAUGAAUGGAAACCUCAUCUUGUAAUUCUGAGAAUCAACAGGGCAGCUACAUGUGUUCGUUGGUCACCUGAAGAGAAUAAGUUUGCCGUUGGUAGUGGUGCCCGAGUUAUUUCUGUCUGUUACUUUGAGCAAGAGAACAACUGGUGGGUGAGCAAGCACAUCAAGAAGCCAAUCCGGUCAACAAUUACAAGUGUUGAUUGGCAUCCCAAUAAUGUCCUUCUGGCUGCUGGUUCCACUGAUUUCAAAGCCAGGGUAUUCUCUGCCUAUGUGAAGGAUGUGGAAGGUAAACCCUCCUCUACCAACUGGGGUAACAAGAUGACCUUUGGUAACCUCAUGGCUGAAUUCUCCUCUGGGGGAGGUGGUUGGGUACACUCUGUAUCAUUCUCUGCCUCGGGAGAAAAGCUUGCAUGGGUCGGUCAUGAUUCCUGCAUUGGUAUCGUGGAUGCUGCCAAUGGACAGGCUUUGUCCGUGAUCAAGGGCACUUUUCUGCCAUUCAGCGGUAUAACAUGGAUUACUGAGAGUAGUGUUGUUGUAGUGGGCUAUGGCUGCUGUCCAAAACUAUUUACCCAGAAACCCAAUGGUGACAUAGUGUUCGUUCAUGACUUGGACGUCCCUAGUGAAGGGGGCGAAACUAAAGUCACUGCCAUGAGCCGUUUCAAAAGUUUGGACAAGAAGGGAGCGUCAGGUGAGGAGACGGCCACAGCCGUGAAAACUCUUCACCAAAACACUAUCACGCAAGUAUCCAUUCAUGCCGGAUCGAAAGGUGAUGCCAGUAAGAUUGCGACAUCAGGUGUUGAUGGACAACUUAUCCUCUGGGAUCUUAAGAGUCUGGAACGAUCAAUGGCUGGACUUAAGAUUGCCUAAGUGUGAGAAUCUACCAGAAGUCUUUCAGCAAACAUUAUCUUAAUCAGCUUCCAUGUUUAUCGUCAGACUUUUUAAAACAAGUUAUAUUAUAUUGACACUGACUGUUUUCAAGAAGAAAUUAUCUCUAUUUUAAUCAUUCCAAUGUACAGUUAUGUACAAAUAUUGAUAGUAUGAAUUGUAUCAAAUGUUUUAAAGACAUUUAUUGCAUUUUCGCAAUUAAACCCAUCAAGUAAAUUGAACAUUAAACCUCAAUAUUCUUUUCUUGCUAACAGGUAAAAUUUCAUAUCGGAUGCAAUAUUGAAGUCAUUUUGCUGUAGUAAGCUCAUUAACAUCAACAUUUUAAAGAAAAAAGAGUAAAUGUAUAUCAUUUAUAAUGAUUAUAAGAGAUUUAUGAGCUGUGUAUCUAGACUUGUUCUUUCCUGAAUUAAAAUCGCACUUAUAAAAUUGUUGAAUAUUUCUGCUGGAGAAACUGUGCAUAUUUCCUAAUAUCAGUCUGAUAGCCUAUGAUUGUGUAUGUAACAUCAUAUAAUUAUAACAGGAGUCAUGGCAAAGUAGUUUUAAUCCAAUAUGAUAAUUCAUUUUUGCAAUCCCUUCAUUUUUAGUUCAAACAUUUCAUUGUUUUUUUCUAGUAAGCCAUAAAGUCCUUGGAUAGAAUGUCCCCUAAAAAUUGGAUUUACAGUAUUUGUUAAUAUAUGAAUAAUAUCUUAUCUGUAAUUGUGUCUAUUUCAUGUACAAGUGCUGAUAUUGUUUUGUAUUUUCUAUGGCUUCAUCAUGUUUAAAUAUACUGCAGCUGAAUGACA